CAAUGAAAGCGAGGGGAAUUAUUUUAACUAUUUUCUUCAUACGAAAGAUAAAUGUUUGAACUUGGGAGGAAUUUAUCAUUAAAACAGGUUACUACAUAGGAAAGUUGAUUGGUUUCUUUGAAAUAAGAUGGAUAUACCAAUCUUUCUCUAUUCGUUUGAUAAUUUAUACCAACCUGGAAAUAUUUUUGACUUAGGAAUCCAAGCACAAUAUGGUUUUAUCUGUAGAUUGAUCUGUAAAAUUUUCUCAGAGAGAAACAUAGCAAUUACAGUUCUUGGAACAAUAGGUUUCCUGCGAUUGUGGUGGAAAAAGAUGAGGCACACUAAGAAGGUCUUUUGCAUUCAAAGCUCUAAGAAAUCAGGACAUUUGUUUGAGAACUUAUUUAGUAAGGAAUUUCCAGAAUAUGCUUUACAAAGCAUAGAUCAAAAGGAUUCUCCCAAACUCGAUUCUCUAAUCCUGGUUGUAUGUUACGCUUCCUCCCGACUGAAGGACGAAAUUGAUACAUUGUUAGAAAACAUUUCAUAUAAAGGAAAAAUAAUGCUGAUCAUAAUACAUUCAUGUGAACCGACUCAGAGACCAACGAAAAUUCUGGACAGGUGCUCGGACAGAAGAGUCGAUUCUUUUACAACUCUUCUGAUAUGGAACGGUGUAUUUUAUCCUUGUCCUAGGAACAAGGACGCUAAAAAGGCAAUUACUUGUUAUCUAAAGGGAAAUAAACACACUAUGAAACAAUAAUAUUGACAUCUUUUAUUUACCUCCCUGGAAGGAUAUACUAACGUGUUUGUGAAUGUUUGAAUUGAUGUACCCUUAAAUGCGAAACAAAAGUGACUUUGCCACUUAUGCUCACCUGAGCCGAAAGCUCAAUUAAGAUAUUGUUAUUACAUUUUGUCUGUCGCCCGUAUGUUAGCUGUUCAUCCGUCCGUCUGUACACUUUUCACAUUUUCAAUUUCUUCUACAGAACCAAUGGGGCAAUUUUAACGAAACUAGAUACUUAGUCGCCUCAGGUGAAAGGAAAUUUAAAUUUGAAAAUGAAUUAAGGACCAAAUCUUUUCUCAAGGGGAGAUAUAAAAAAAAACAGCAAAAACAAAAAUAAGUUGAGGUAAUUAACAUUUUUUCUCAAAAACAACUGGUCCACAAAAUAUGGAAAUUAUGUGAAAGCAUCCUUUGAGAAGUGUAGAUUUGAAAUUGCAUGAAUCAUAACCCUGGGGUAGGGCGGGGCCAUUAAAGGGAAUCCAAGUUUUACGUUGAAGUAUAU